AUGCCAGAUAUAGCAUCGAGUCAAUUGACAUUCUCAACAGUAAAUUUAGAGCAUGUGUAUCCAAAAAUUUUUGAAGAAUCGUAUGAUUUGAAACUAUUCCCUAAUAAUAUUCAAUUGUUAAUUGCAGCCAAAAAAGUUGGUAUUAUAAAAGGUUCAUUAAUUUCCAAAACAAUCACAUUUGAUGAAGAAAUCAUAACUGCAACCUAUACAAAUUUCAUUCAAAAUGAUAAGUCACAAUUAGUAUUAGCUGUUUGUUUACGAAAAUCAAUUUAUAUUUAUUACCCAGACGGAAAAUCAUAUAUUGUUAGUCUUCCAUUCAUUUUGAAAAAUGCAUUACCGUUUGAAUUAGGUUUAUUAUUACAAAAAGAUAAUGGAUCAGUUAUAUUUGGAAAUAAUGUAAACUCAAAUAAUCAUUUAAAUGCAGCUUCAUUAUUGACUUUAGUUGAUCCAAUUGAUGAUUUUAGGAUAGUUUCAACGGCUUCAACCUCAAUAAUAACGCAACAUGAAGAAUUAAUGACAUUUCCAAAGAAAGAUUUGAGUAAGAAAACUUCAUUAUGUGCUACAUUUAACUCACUUGAUGGUUCAAUUAUAAUAUAUCAUAUCAAAUCAUUGCAAAGAAACGUAAAAUUUAAUACAACAACUCAAACUCAAUCUACUAAGCCUAGUUCAAAGUUUCCGAAACGAAGAUACGGUUCAAUUACAACUACAAGCUCGGGAAGAAUAUUAGAAGAGGAUAUUUCAUUGGAAGUGCCACCCCCAUAUCAUUCACAUCAAAAUCAACAUUUAUCAUUAUCUUUCAACAUGGAUAAAAAAAGAACAAGUACUUUAUUAUCUGAUGUUUCAUCGAUAGGAAGAAUGGCAAGUGAUCAUUAUCCAGCUGAAAAUAAACCAUCAAAUUCUGGUAAUGAGUUUUCAAGUUACAAAAAAGAUAUGAUACUUUCAAAAAUUGAAAAAUUUGGCAAGAACUUUCAAAGAGAUCAUCUUCGUGUUUUUAACUUAUCAUUUGAAGAUCAAGAAGGGAUAGUUGUAGUUAAUAAAUUGAGAAAAGAGUUUUAUGUGUUGAUCUAUAAAUUCCCCACCUCCAUUAAACAAAUUUCAGUUUAUAAAAAUAAAGGUUAUGAUUGUCUACCGUUAAAUUCAGAUGAAUAUGAAGGUAAUUUAUUGGUUCUACAACAUAAGAAAAUAGCUAUAAUAAAUCCAUUUUUAAAUAUGACUGCUACUUCAGGAGGUUUUGAUAAACCAAUUAAAUCAUUUGUGAGUUCGUAUGAUUCUAAUCUUGCAGUUAAAACAAAAGGUGGAGAAGUUGUGAUUAUAAAAGUUUUAUUAAGUCCAUGUACAAGUUUAGUUCAAAUGUGUUUAAAAUGUUUUCAAUACUUGUCUGGCUCCAAUAUAAAUCAAACUAUGUGGAUGUUAUGGAGAUCAGCUUAUAACGUUAAUAAAGAUGAGUGGAAAGCAUUUGUUAUUGCAUUAUUAUCAUUGAUUUACCCAUUUAAAAGAGGUAAUGAAGAUGUUGUGUUGAAUGAAAUUACUGAAUUAAUUCCCCAAGCUAAAGUAUUGCAUGAUAUAUCCAAUUUAAAUUAUCAUAUUGAAGAUUUAAUUCCAUAUGUGGUAUUAUCAUUGCAUUUACUAAGAGAAGAAUGUAGGCUAGAUUCAACUAAACAACUGAACUAUAAUAAAUUAGGCAUGUUGUUAUGUCAAUUAACAUCAUGGAUGGGCUGGCCAAGUUCCUGGGUGAAUUAUUAUUCACUGAAUUUGCAGUCUAUGGAUCAAAAGGUUAAAUUUCUACUGGUUUUAAUAUUAGAAGGCCCUCCAAAUUUGAUCAAUUCAUUAGCUAGCUUAUUCACAAGUAAUAUUUCUCGUUAUUUAACUUUUUCACAACUUGUUGAAGAAAGUGAUUCAGUAGAUGCCGAUGUAACUCCUAGAACUUACUGUAUUUUAAAAUUAUUUGAAGUUUUAGUUUGUAAGCAAUAUGGGUCAAAUGCAAUUGUUGAUUUAAUGAAUGAACUAAACAUUUCAAGAGAGGAAUUAGAUACUUAUCCUUUAGGUAUUGCAAUACCUUUGAAAGAAGCACUUUCAAUUCUGCAACAAGAUCCAACUUUUGAAUGGACAAAUAAAGGUUUAGAUUUAGUUGGAAGAGAAGAUUUAAAAAGACUAAUAUCAUCUGAAAAUAUUUUUGGAAGUACGCCAGACAGAAAUCAAGUGGAGAAGUCAACUAUGAAACAAAUUUUAUUUGAUGUUUUUAAAAAUAAUGAUUCGAUACUGCCUUGGGAUGGUCAAUCUGAACAAGAAAGAUUAUCAAUUACAAAAUUAAUGUUUGAUCAAGAUAGAAGAUAUUAUGAAAUAACUACAUUGUUGCAUCAAACUAAAACACAAACUGCAUAUUUGAGAAAUGCUUAUGAAUCAUUAUCAGAAUAUGAUUUGGUUUUAUUGCAAAGAGAAUUGGCGAAUAUAGUAGCAUUAAGAACAUUGACUAUUCCAUUAGGUAGAGCUGCUUUGUUUUAUGGUGGUAGAAAACCAUUACUAACUGAGAAAUUUCCAAUACCAAAAUUUAAUUUAAAUACAUUAAUAUCACCAACAAUGACAAAUAUUAUGUAUUCGGAUGAAAAAAUCUCACAAAACUUUUUUGAAUGGGGUCAUUUUCAUAACGGUGCUUCGUCGGGUUUAAGUAUAAAUAAAGAAGCAAAAGGUAUAUCUGGAAGUUGGGUGAUUUUUAAUAAACCACCUGAAUUAAAUGCUCAACAUGCUGGGUUUUUAUUGGGUUUAGGAUUAAAUGGACAUUUAAAAAAACUUGAAGAAUGGCAUAUUUAUAAUUAUUUAGGUCCAAAACAUCCAUUAACUAGUGUUGGUUUAUUGAUUGGAAUGACUGCAAGUUCAAUAGGUUCAAUGGAUAAUAAAUUAACCAAAGUUUUAUCUGUACAUGCUGUUGCAUUAUUACCACAAGGAGCAAAUGAUUUAAAUGUUCCAAUAAUGGUUCAAACUGCAGGUUUAAUUGGAAUUGGUUUAUUAUAUUUAGAAACUCAACAUCGUAGAAUGAGUGAAGUUUUGUUAUCACAAAUUACUGCAUCUGUUUAUCAAAAUGAUACUGAACAAGUACAUGAGGGUUAUAGAUUAGCUGCUGGUAUUUCAUUAGGAUUAGUUAAUUUAGGUCAAGGUGAUGAUUUAAGAGGUUUAAAUGACACCCAUGUAGUUGAUAAAUUAAUGUCAUUAGCUAUAUCGAUGAAAGAUUUUCAACCAGUGCAAGAAUUGGGUAAAUCAUGUUGUGGUGCCAUAAUUGCUAUUGGAUUGAUUUAUUUAAGAACUGAAAAUAAAACAAUUGCAGACAAAUUGAAAAUACCAAAUAAUGAACAAUUAUUGGAUUAUAUAAGACCUGAUUUAUUAUUUUUAAGAUGUUUAUGUAAGAAUGUGAUAAUGUGGAGUGAAAUAAAUUGUACUAUUCAAUGGGUUGAAAAUCAAAUACCAAAAUUUUUAAAUGAUAGAUAUAAAAAUAUCGAAGAUGUUUCAUUGGACAGUGAUCAAUUAGGUUAUUUGAAUAUACUUGGCGGGAUAUGUAUGUCAAUUGCAAUUAAAUAUGCAUCGACUCAUAAUACAAUUGCAAGAGAUACUUUAUUACAUUAUUUUGAUCAAUUAUUAAAAUUAUCCUCAAAUGAUCCGUUAAAUUAUGAUCAAAAAGUUGCAUAUAAUAGUAUAAUUAAUAUUCAAAACGUUUUAGCAUUAUGUUUAUCUGUAAUUAUGGCAUCAAGUGGUGAUUUAGAAGUAUUUAGAAGAUUAAGAUAUUUACAUAAUGAAACAUCAAAAGAAAGUGGAUUUGGUGGAUAUAUGGCAACUAACACAGCAUUGGGAUUUUUAUUUAUGGGUGGUGGACAAAUUGCAUUUAAUAAUUCAAAUAAUUUGGCAAUUGCAUGUUUAAUCAUUUCAUUAUAUCCAACGUAUCCAGUUGAAAAUACUGAAUAUGAAAUUCAUUUACAAGCAUUAAGACAUUUUUGGGCAUUGAGCGUUGAGUCAAGAUGUUUGAUCAUUAAAGAUAUUAAAACAAAUGAACCAUGUAAAAUACCGGUAUUAAUUACAAUGAAGGAUAAAUCGACAAAAUUAAUAAAUUCACCAUGUUUAUUGCCAAACUUGAAUGAAAUAAGUAAAAUAGAAACGAAAAGUGAAGAGUAUUUUAAAAUCAAUAUUGAUUUCACAUCCAAUGCAGAAAUAUUAACUCAAUUUAAGAAAUCAUUAACUUUAUAUGUUUAUAAAUUGAAAAAUUAUAAAAUUUCAACACCUGAUAUAUCCACUAUUUUACAAAAUGGAACUGAAAUUGAUGAUGUGCAAUUUCCAGGCAGUGAAAUAAUGCAGAAAUUGAAUGCAAAAGAUUAUAAAAUUUGGUCCUUUGAAAAUAAAUCAAAUAAUUUACAUAAUAUGAAUUACAUAUCUGGUUUAAGUAUAUUCAAUAUUAUUGAUGAUAAGCUAGAAUUGAUGUCGUUUGUGGAUAAUCGAGAGACAAAUGUUGAAGAUUUAUAUAAUUUGAAAUUAUUAUUUGAAUAUGCUGAUUCAUUACUUAAAAAUGAUUUACAUUAUAUAUCUGUUGAGUUUAUACAAGAGUUGAAAUCAAAAUUAUGGGCUAAAAUAAAAAGUAAAAACUAA